CUCAAAACGGGCAGUGUUCAAGCUCAUAUUUCUGGUUUCGAACGCCCGGAGAGCGAUGUUACCCGACGCCAGUCACAAGACCGGCCAAUCCUCCGCUCGAUAAUAAAGCAGCGCUCUUGGUCUAGACCAUAAGAUGGAUCCGUGUAGAGACUAAAUCGCCCCGCACACGCCAAAUGACACAGUUAUAGUCUACAAUCAUCUAUUUGUAGCUAACGUCAGUUCCUCUGCAAGGCCGCGAACAUCGUAUCAUAUCACAGGUGGUUUCAUACUGCUACCGACCUCUUCAGAGAGUUGUCUUGGCUUGAUGACGCCGCCGGGCGAAAGCACGAGUUCUCGUGGCAGACGACGUUCACACCAUGCCUGCCUUCCGUGCAGGCGGAAAAAGACGCGAUGUCCCGGCGAAAAGCCAGCUUGUUCCAGUUGCUCUCGCCUCAAGCAAACCUGUUCUUAUUCCCCAUUGAUGAAGUCUUCCCCACGUGGCGGCCCAUCGGAGGAAAGACUAGCAACCUUGGAAGAGAAACUAGAUUUAAUUCUGAAAGGACGAUUGCCGGAAUACCCACAACGAACACCCCAAGAACAACAAACAGAAAACGACGUUGAAGAUUCGGAUGCGGGUGAUACUCCAGCCUCAGCACCUGAGCGUCGGAGUUACCCUGACGGUAAUGUUACAACUGCUCUGUCCGAUUCCGAAAGUUCAGAUACGCGCCCCGGCACGGCGGAUAUCGCCACCGGGGUUCACCUUUACUUCAGAUAUUGUCACAGACAACCAAUUUGGUGCUUCGAGCGCGAUGAGAUUAAUAACUAUAGCUCGCUUCCACACGAACUUGUCUGCAGCAUAAUCUGUUUGACUGCACGCUUCUCCAACAAGCGUGAGCAGUUACAGCUCUAUGGUCAUAAUGUCAGGCCGCUGAUCAUGCUUCGCAUUGCCAAUGGCACAGUGGUCCUAGAGACGAUCGAGAGCCUGUGCUUACUUUCCUAUUCUUUUUUCUUAGAUGGUAAUAUUGAUCUCGGCCAGUUCCACGUUGGUCUGGCCCUCCAACUGUGUCGCUCAGCUAUGCUUGAUCUCGAAUCGGCUUACACUACUGAAGAUCCGACCACGGAGAGGAAGAGGAGGCUUUUCUGGAGUCUCCAGCUUCUGGAGCAGUUUUACGGUCGUCAAACCGGUCUCCCCAGUGUUCCCACUGAUGUUAGGCCAUCUUCUUAUUCAUCAGCUAGCGGGGGCCAGAUGCUGCUUUCAGAACUACACUCGACAAAGCCCUCACUACCAACCGAGAAGCAUAGGUCUUCAGACUCUUCGGAACCUGGUAUAUGGAACACAGGUAUCCAUCUAGGAUGGGUUUGGAGCCGCGUGAGGAAGUUUGUAUCCGAUUGUGCCCACAACAUAUUGAAAGAGCCUUGGAGACAUGAUUCAACAUACGCUGUGGUGCAGUCUGAUUUUAUGGAAACUGAAAACAGGAUCCCUAUGUGCCACAGAUAUGACUCGGUCAAGUUCUAUGCGCGCACAGUUGAGGAAUUGAGACGAAACCACGACUACUGGGCUCCGUGGCUGAAGGAGCAGUUCACUUACCAUGUCAUACCUACAGUGUUGAACCACCCGUUUCUUUAUAUCGUCGGGGCCCAGCACAAUCCGAACUUGGCGAUUCCAAACACCUUUUGGAAGCGAUCAUCUGAGCUUGCACUACUUCAUGCUACUUGGAUUGUCCGCAUGAUUGACAUGAUUGUAGACAAGCAAGUACAAUUGGUUGAUCCUUUUUUAGGGCACGUAGCAGCAAUCGCUGCGACUGUACACCUGUACUACUGUUGCGCUGCCGCUGCUGGGCUCAAGCAGAAGUCCAAGGCGGACUUUGCGAAAUGCAGGCGAUUUCUCAAGGGAUUCUUACCCUUUUCGCCAGCUUGUGCUGCUUUGGACCGCAACUUAGAUACAUUGACACGGAUCGCCGGUGGGUAUCAGAACAUGGACAUGGACGAGUGGAUUCCAUCCAAGCUCUAUCUCAGCGUGCCCCUGAUGUGGGAUAUUCUUCAAUUCAACUGUGUUGCAGACUGUAAGGGCAUUCCCACCGUAGACUUGUUACACCCCUCUAUCGCCCCCAGCAUCCCAGAGGAGGAUCUAGGCGAGAACUCUACGCUAGAGAUCGACGUCGCCACAUCACCAGAGAUUAAGAUAGAUACUGCUAGCGGUGGACAGGAUGCGCCUUCGAUAUCCCGCCGGGCUCACGUCAAUUCAAAUCAACCUGAAGCCUCGGGGCAGCCCGUCUGGAACGAGGCACCUCUUGAGCCAAGCGACAAUCUCACAUUCAAUACUACACCAUGGCUGUAUGCAGACCCCUCACAGUUCGUUGGCUUAGGAGACUUAGGUUGGCUCGAUACUCAAUCUGCCGAUACAGGAGGUACACCUUGGUGGGAGGGGGGGGCUCUGAGUAAUGUACAAUUUAGUCAAUUCUAGCGUUAGCGUUCGUAUUUCAUUGAAUGGAUAAGACUGUUGCAGGCUCGAUGCCUGAUCGCCAACAACCACGAUGAAUCUCUUGGGAGCCCAUUGGUUCAUGUCCAGCACCUACAUAUACUCCAAUACACUAAUCGGCAAUGCGAUGGUCUCAACUGUGAAAUCAGAGUCGCGAUUCGGCAUUCGCCAAGACAGCCGGGACAACAUACGCGUGAGAGACACGGAGUUCUUCCCCGGCCUACCAGCUGUAUACCAGGUUCAGGAUAAACACAACGCCGCC